AUGUCCUGGGCCUCGGCCGGUGCCGCUGAAGCCAUUCCGCUGUUCAAGGUCGGAGACCCAACCGACUUCCUAAAAAAGAGCGCGGGUGCAGGGUGGUGCAUCUACGCGAGCGACGCCAUUCCGCCUGCGCCCCCAAGUCUCUCUUCAACCGAAGACGCACCCGAGCCUGGAUCCAACAAAGUAGUUUACACUAUUUCGCAGGGCAGGAAACGUCUUCCCGCCGACCACAGCCCAGUUGCCGAGCACCCCACAAUCCUCAUGAUGGGUGCUGAGGGCACUGGAUUGAAGACCAGUCUGGUCAACCUGGCGAGAUACAAGGUCGGAAUCCCCCAUGGCCGCGAGGCCAACGAGGUCGGAGUCGACAGUUUGAAUGUCAGCGUUGCGGCGUCGAUACUCUGCUACGAGAUGCUGCAGAAGCCGAGGACACAGCCUGAGCGCAACCCCGAGAACGUUGUCUUCUAG